GCAGCUGAUGAUGACAUGAUAAGUCCACAGUCUCUGCAAUUUGAUUUUGCAACAAUUGAAGCGGCAACCGACAAAUUUUCGAGGGACAACAAGCUAGGUCAAGGCGGAUUCGGUGAAGUUUACAAGGGAAUGUUAUCAAAUGAAACAGAAAUUGCGGUAAAGCGGCUAUCGAGAAAUUCAGGACAAGGCACACAAGAGUUCAAGAACGAGGUUGUGAUUGUGGCUAAACUUCAACACAAGAAUCUUGUUAGGCUUCUUGGGUUUUGCUUAGAAAGAGAUGAACAGAUACUUGUCUACGAGUUUGUUUCCAACAAAAGCCUUGAUUAUUUCCUCUUUGAUCCAACAAAGAAGAGUCAGCUAGAUUGGAAAAGACGGUACAACAUCAUAGGAGGAAUUACGCGAGGGCUUCUCUAUCUUCAUCAAGACUCAAGACUCACCGUCAUACACCGUGACAUCAAAGCAAGUAACAUUCUUUUAGAUGCCGAUAUGAACCCUAAAAUAGCAGAUUUCGGAAUGGCAAGGAAUUUCAGAGUGGACCAAACUGAAGAAAAUACAGGAAGAGUUGUUGGAACAUUCGGUUACAUGCCUCCAGAAUAUGUGACGCAUGGCCAAUUCUCUACCAAGUCUGAUGUUUAUAGCUUUGGAGUAUUGAUUCUGGAGAUUAUUUGUGGCAAGAAGAAUAGCAGCUUCUAUCAGAUGGAUGAUUCUGGGGGAAAUUUGGUGACACAUGUUUGGAGGCUUUGGAACAAUGAUUCACCUUUAGAUCUCAUCGACCCUGCGAUUAAGGAAAGCUACGAUAAUGUUGAAGUCAUUAGAUGUAUCCAUAUCGGAAUUUUAUGUGUUCAAGAAACUCCCGCUGAUCGUCCGGAGAUGUCUACAACCUUUCAAAUGCUUACGAAUAGCUCCAUUACUCUACCUGUGCCUCGCCCACCUGGAUUUUUCUUCAGGAACAGGCCCAAUUUAGACCCUUUAACUUAUGGAUCCGAGCCAGGGCAAUCCAGCAACAUGUCUGUUCCUUAUUCUAUAGAUAGUGCGUCAAUCACUAGAGUCACUCCUCGGUGAAAUGAUCGCUUACCAAGUGUCGUUAGCUCAACUGGUAAACACCUUAGCGGUCGCCGGUUCGAGUGAAGUUUGGGACGAAACUAAUAUUACAUGUUGUGGUUUCGGGUCUGGGGAGAUUAAGGAGUUUGGCCCAGAACCUCCUGGUAUUCAAAAAAAAAAAAAAAUGAUCGCUUUUUCACUUGUCCGUAGCAUUUUCUUUGUAACGCAAGCAACUCCAGUUUUCAAAUUCUGUGUAAAAGAAGUUAAAAAUUAUUUUGUAUGUAAUGGGUACAUAUAAAACCAAACUUAUGUGUAGGUAGAGUAUUCCUUUCUUCUUUGUUUUCCAUGGCAAGACGAGAAUUUGUCAAACCACAAAUCUGAUACAUUAACCUCUAAACAACCACUUAUGAACCCAUUUUAGACUUCUGCAAUCCUCUAUGAAAGUCACCAGCUUGCUUAUUCCACUUGAGACAAGAGCUUUUUGCUCCCCCAGAUUUUCAAUAAACGGGCAACUAAUUUUAUUAUUUCCCUUGAAACAUCCAUGCAACUACACGUAUACUGUGAUGAUGUUCUAAUGAUUUUGAUGACAACAUUUGUAGACGUCUCAGGUUUAUAUCUAGCAGCUUCACAUGUUCUAGUAUAUCAUCUUGAUAAAGAUUACCAACAACCUUUAAUCCAUUCUAUUGCUUGAACAUUCACAAAUCAACUCAUAAACGCUAACGAAUUUGAACAUACUUCUUGAAAAUAAGAAGCGACACAAGUUAUAUAUAACGAGUUCUCCUAUAUCGCGCGCGGUAUGAUAUUUAGCGUACAUAUCAACGGAAUCAAACACACUAGCCUGAAUUCACUGUCUCCAAUAAACCACCAAAACAGAUUUUUAAUCUGGUGUAUAGUCCAAGUAACAAACCCUUUAGUGUUUGUAUUAUGGUUUUAAAAAUCCACCAACACUUUU